CAUAUUAUUAAUUGUUUAAGCUCCGCCGGCGAGCAGGGUAUAUCAUUCACUUCUUGUCGCCGUCGGCUCUGUCCAAAUUUGUGUUCAACAAAAUGGUGACUGUCAAAGUGCUUGUUGGUUGUUGCCGCCGCCUUCGUUGUUCUGAGAAAAUGGUUUCCUUGUUGCCUUUGCGAACCACGGAUCUCAAUUCUCAGGUGUUUACUUCGGAGCAGUUGAGAGGAGCUUGCAUUUACCGGCGACACUCCGACGGAGAUCCCGGUCACCUAUUGACCCUGUAUUUUCCUAUUUACAAAUUGCUGUGGAUGUUAAAACUAUUCGAUAAGCCCAAAAGUGAGGCCCCAGCCCAAUAUACUGGGCCAGAAUAAGCCCAAAAGUGAAUGAAACAGAAAAUGGCGCGGCAAACCAAUAUUUCCAAAACCCUCAUCACUUUCCAAAUCUAUCCAUGGCUGCGGCGCCGCCGAGGAAGAAGAAGGCGAAGAACCAAUCAGCGGAAGCUCAAUUCAAUUACAACCUGAACUCCCUCUCCAAAUCCAAAGACCUCCGCUCGGCCCUCUCCCUCUACGACUCCGCCGCAGGAGAGAAAACCCGCCGUCCGCCUCAGCCAGCACCAUUUCAACACUCUGCUUUACCUCUGCUCCAUCUCCCUCGCCGACCCAUCGACCAAAGACCUCGCCUUGGAACAUGGGUUCCGCAUAUACGAUCGCAUGGUGGGCAGCGGGAUUAAACCCAACGAGGCCUCCAUAACCGCCGUCGCUCGCCUCGCUGCUGCCACAGGGGACGGCGACCGCGCCUUCGAUCUGGUGAAAAACAUGGUCCCCGUACCUAACUCGCCGCCCCGGCUGCGGACUUACGGUCCGGCGCUGUUCUGCUUCUGCGAGAAGUUGGAGGCGGAGAAGGCUUUUGAAGUCGAGGAGCACAUGGGAAGGAAUGGUGUUGCUUUGGAGGAAGCUGUGCUCGCGGCAUUGCUUGAGGUGAGUUCAGAGACUGGUAAGCGUGAUCGGGUUUAUGAAUAUCUGCAGAAAUUGAGGAAGAUCGUGAGGUGUGUGAGGGAGGAGACUUCGGUUGUGAUUAGGAAUUGGUUCAACCGAUUUGAUUGCGAUGGGAUGGAAAUCGAAUUGGAUUUGGGUCUGAUUAGAGAUGCCAUUGAUAGGAAUGGUGGAGGGUGGCAUGGAUUGGGAUGGAUUGGAAAAGGGAAGUGGGUUGUUGAGAAAGGGAGUGUUGAUGUUGAUGGAAAAUGUUUAUGUUGUGGGGAGCAAUUGGCUUGUGUUGAUAUUGCUGAUGAAGAAAUCGAGGUGUUUGCUCGAUCGAUAGCAGGUUUGGCUUUGGAUAGGGAGGUUAAGGCUAAUUUUAGUGAAUUUCAGGAUUGGCUGGAGAAGAAUGGUCAUUAUGAAGCUAUAGUAGAUGCAGCAAAUGUGGGUCUCUGCCAGCAGAGUUUUGCUGAAGGGGGAUUCAGUGUUUCUCAGCUUCAUGCUGUAGUGAAAGAACUGUAUGAUAGACAUGGGAAAUGGCCGCUGAUAGUCUUGCACAACAAGCGUGUUCGAGCUCUCCUUGAAAACGCUUCCCACAGGAAGUUUAUUGAAGAGUGGAAGGAGAACGGUGCUCUUUAUACAACACCGCAUGGUUCUAACGAUGAUUGGUACUGGCUCUAUGCUGCAGUGAAACUCAGGUGCUUGCUAGUGACUAAUGACGAAAUGCGAGAUCACAUUUUCGAACUCCUAGGAAGCAGCUUCUUCCUCAAGUGGAAAGAAAGGCAUCAAGUAAAGUACACUUUUGCUAAAGGUACCUUAAAACUUCAGAUGCCAGCUCCUUUUUCUGUAGUUAUCCAGGAAUCAGAGAAGGGAUCAUGGCAUGUCCCUUUAGCUGGCAGUGACAGCGAAGAGUCUGCACAAACGUGGCUCUGCAUCACAAGGACAGGUUCUGCAGAUAAAACCUCGAACCAAUCUUUGACCAUGGAAGCUUCUGAUAACGGCCAUGAGAGCUCCUGCAAGGGCCAUCAACAAAGCUUGGAUGCCCCCGAGAUCAGCGACAGUAAAACCACAACCCUUACAGGGAAAAGGAAAGACAGGUCUCCCUCUCAUCCUUAGCUGGAUCAUUGUCAUCAAAACAAGUUUCAUGUUUUUGGCAAUAUGGAGCUCUGCAAGCAGCUGUUCUCUUGGUAUACAGCAUUUUUCGAUAAUUGGUUGAGUUUUUUUUGUGUUCUAUUCUAGUUCAGCAUACUAUUCCGGACUUGAGGUAAGUCUAAUUAAUACACGAAGAAUCAUAUGAUCGAUAUAAGAGAAAUCAAAGUCCCAACAAACAAUAAUGUGAUUACAUUCUUUUCUGUAAAUCAAUCAAUCAAUCCAAACUUCUGCUCCCUGUUAAUAAAUUGUGUAACGUGAA